GACAAGAAAGCCAUGUUGUCCUUCACCACAAGGUCUCUUGAAUCCAUGUUUAGUCCAACUGGCAUUGAUGGAGACAUGAAUGUCACACUGUGGCCUCUGCAGAAUGGUAUCCUGCACUACUGUGGCUUCCACGUUCUGGCCCCUCAGAUCUUCUGGGCUCCGGCUUCUGCAGCUGAUGAAGAUCGUAAAUCCAUGAUGGAGGCCUGGCGUACACGCCUGCAGGGUCUCCUGGAAGAGAAGACCCUGUCCUUCUUCUCUCUCGACUGCUUUGAUGAGAAGACUUUCCAGCUGAAGCCUGAUGUUCAGGAGAAACAGGCCAGCAAGGAGUUUGGUCUGACAGCAGGCAUUCACCUGAACAAGCCUUUGCCUCCACACAACCAGAUGAAGGCUGGAUGCUGAUUUUGUUCAUGUAAAACAUCAAUAAAAGCUGGUUUAUUUGA